AUGUCUGAAACCAUUACAAGUCCCGCGACCAACCUCCCCACGCUGCCGUCAAACACGAUCGAUACAUCGAGUGCUCUCACUGGAGGCCCUACCUCCACCACUACGACCAGGGUUGGCGACAAGCAGCUGCCAACUGAUGCUUCCAUGAUAGAUUACAGAAUCUUAUCUUACUCGGCGUCUUUGAUAUCGAUCGUUAUCGAGUACCCAGAUGAGUAUGGUCGCCGACGCCAUGCCUGCCGAAACGGUUCAUACCAGUUUCCCGAUGACGAGAGAGAAAUGGACAGGCUUGACUUCUACUAUUCUUUGAUAGCCAAGGCCAUCCACAAGAUCUUUCUGGCUCCUGCUGAAAAAGGCAAAAUCCAUCGUAUUGUAACUGAAACAAGUGAUAAGUUCCAUAAUGCUGGAGUUUUUGGCAUCGGCUUAAGCGCUAUCCAGCCCAAUUUCGUUCCAAUAAACGUCAAGCUUGAGAUCAAUAGCGCCGAAAACUUAGAAGUAUAUGCUUGCUUGAUUAUCAACUGGCUUGAGUUUAUGCGUAAAUUCUCCACAAACUUGAACAACAAUGGAUGGCUGGGCUGUGUUUCAAGAUUAUUAAGUCUUGUUUGA